GGCAGUUACAAAGUCCCAACGCUGAGCGCGAACCGAACCGUCUGGACAUGAUCCACUGCAUGUUCUGGCUGGUCAUACAGCACUAGCCCUGAUGUCCGUGGCUGAUCCGGUACAGGAGACGAGACUUGUGGUCUUCGAAGUCGACGACGUCGAAACCGACUGGCCUCUGCGGCUCGAUUUAGGACAACCCAUGCUCCCACCAUCGCACCCUAUCACCCUCUACCACUGGCAGACAACCAUCAAUCUCACCGCAUCCGGCACGCUCAACGCACGCAACAACGUCAACAUAUUCUACGAGCUCCUGCGCGAAGCCUGCCACCGCAUGGGCCGUCCGUGA